CACAGCUGUUGCUAGGAGAUGAUGUUCAGCAGUUAGCGUUAGCGUCAGGCUGAGAUGUGUGCUCCAUCAUGGAUCUACCGGAGCCCAUAAGAAGACGUUUGGGGGAUUUUUCCAGAACUGUUUUCGUGGAUCAGACAUUUUCUAAACUUACCCCUGAGGAUCAUGUCAAAUUCCUGAAUCAGAACAGAGAAGUCGUGUCCAGUUUGCCGCUUCAGAUGUCCCUUUUCUUCAACCUAUGGUUCUUUCCUCUGUGGUGGAUCAGUGAAGUGGUGAUGCUGCAACUCAAAUACCCAGCCCUUCCAGACUACUACAAGUUCAUCUUAAUUACCGUCCUGAUUUUAAUGACCCUCAUCGAGGGUAUCAGACUCUACCUGGGUUACGCUGGGAACCUGCAAGAAAAGGUUCCCGAACUGGCUGGAUUUUGGCUUCUAAGUCUCCUUCUUCAGUUUCCAUUGACUCUCUUCCUGCUUUUUAAUGAAGCUAUACUCAUUCAACCUUUGGAAAGAGGAGUGCAUAUCAUUCUCGCUCUAUUUAUUUUAGCAGAGGCUCUCUCUGGUUUUGUUGCCCUUCGUGCAAUGGUCAGGAACACCGAAAGCCGCUUCCAUCUUCGGCAGUUUAAUGGAAUUCAAGAACUUAGAGCAUAACGAAUGCUUCUAAAUCUGAAGAUCUGCACACGUUUAAAGAACCAAAGUGACCAUAAAUAGCAUUGGUGGGAAAUAUUUCGGAUCAUUCUCUAACAAUUUUUUUACCAAUUAUUUUUGUCAUAGUAUUUUUUUGUAAUUAUUUGUAUAUAUUUUUUUAUUUAAAAAUAUAUUAAAAAGUA